AUGAAGAGUUACUUCCAAAUUAAUGAAUCAAUUUCAUAAACAGAAAAGAUUAUCUUGCCAGAUGAUACUCCUAUGAGGAAUAGACCUAACACCAUAACAACUAUGAAAACAACUUGGCUCACUUUUCUUCCAUAUGCUUUUAUCAAACAAAUUACGUAACCUGCUAAUAUCUAUUUCAUUGUCAUUGGGAUAUUACAAAUAAUCCCUGUCACUUCUUAUACUAGUGGUGUACCUGUUAUUUAUGGUCCUUUGUCGAUGAUGAUUAGUAUUAGUAUAAUUAAAGAUGCUUUUGAAGAAUAUUCAAGGUAAGACUCUAAUUAAUGUAGAUAUAAAUCUGAUUAGGAAGAGAAUAAUCGCAAGUCGCACAAAUACUUUGAAAAUUCGUUUAUAGAGUGCAAUUGGAAGAACAUCUAUCAAGCAGACAUUGUCAUGGUGAUGGAGAAUGAAAGUAUUCCUUGUGACAUUUUGAUAUUGUCAUCGAGUUAUUAAGGAGGCAUAGCAUAUGUGGAGACAAAGCAAAUAGAUGGCGAAACUAACUUAAAGCAAAAAUAUUCAAUCUACGAUUUAUAACAAAAAUAUCACAUUGAGAAUGCAAUAAACUAUAAAAAAGAUAACAGUGUAAAAUUCGUAUACGAUUAGAAGAAUCCAAUACUCUAUAAACUAUCAGGAACCUAUCAAAUUAGUAAUUCUGAAGUAAAUUCAUUAAACUAUGGUAACUUUAUCGAAAGAGAUUGUAUAUUGAAAAACACAGAAUGGAUAAUAGGUUUGUGUAUUUACAGUGGCAUGGAUUGCAAAAUAAUGUUGAAUAGCUCUUAAGAAAGAACCAAACGAAGUAGAUUAGAAUAAUAUAUGAGAAUAUGUAUUAUAUCUAUUUCCAUCAGUUUGGCAUUGUUCUGUAUCAUGGCAUCGAUCUAUGAAUUCCUAUGGACUAACAAUCAUCUUAAUUAUUCAUAUUUGGGACUUUCUAAAGACAAUGUAUUUGUAGAUCUGGGAUUAUGGUUUUCGUUGCUUUCCUACUUUAUACCCAUAUCUUUGGUGGUGAAUGUGGAAUUAGUCAAAUUUGGACAAGCUAAAAUGCUAGAAUCAGACAAAGUUAUGCCGAAUUCAAAAUCACAUUAAUCUAAUUUGAUUGAGUAAUUAGGAGAAAUCAAUAUUGUUUUUACUGAUAAAACAGGCACAUUAACCAAAAAUUCUAUGCAGUUCAGAGAGCUUUUUGCUUAAAAUGAAAAAGAAGCCUUAUUAUGUUUGAGUUUAUGUCAUUCUGUUGUAAAAUCAAAAAAUAAAUUGAUAGGAUCUUCUCCUGAUGAAUUAGCAAUAUUAGAUUAUUGUGAAUAAAAAGGGUAUUUAUUUUAAGGCAUUGAUAAUAAUAAUAAUCUUACCAUCAACUAAACUCAUUUCCAUAGAGUUAUGAGUUUUGAUUUUAGCAGUGAAAAAAAGAGAAUGACCAUCGUUGUCAAAACAGGGGAUGAAUAUAUUUUAUUUUGCAAAGGCGCUGAUGAAGUAUUACUUGAAUUAAUAGGAGAAUGCAAACAUUAGCAAGUCAUCCAUCAAUUUGCAAUCAAAGGAUACAGAACCUUAAUGUUGGGCAGAAAGACAUUUAAAUAAAACGAAAUUGACAUUUAUUUGGCAGAGUAUCUAACAAUUUAAUAUAAUUAUAAGAAAGAUGAAGAGAUGAUGAACAAGUUACAAAAAACUUUGGAAUCUAAUUUAGAGUUUCUAGGAAUUACUGCAGUUGAAGACUUGCUAGCUGACGAUGUCGGAUAAACUAUUUAAGAUCUAAAGUCUGCAGGAAUAAAGGUUUGGGUUCUUACAGGUGAUAAAGUUGAAACUGCAAUCGCCAUAGGAUACUCUUGCAAUCUAAUUGACAGCAAUGAUAUGCUCUAAGUAGUAACGGAAACAACAGUUGGGAGCAUUGAGGAAGUAUUUUUGCAUUAUUGUAAUGAGUCAGCUAAUAUUGCAUUGGUGAUUAGCGGAUAAGCAUUAUCAGUAAUGUUAGAUAAUCUAUAACUUAAAUCAAUGCUACUUAAAAGAGCGUUCUAUGCCAAGGUUGUCAUUGUGGCCAGAGUAUCUCCAAAACAAAAGCAAUAAGUUGUAGCUUUAGUUAAAGAGUAUCUCCCAAAGGCAUACACUUUGGCUAUUGGUGAUGGAGCCAAUGACGUCUCCAUGAUUAAUGAAGCCCAUGUUGGAGUUGGAAUCCAAGGCGUUGAAGGCACUCAAGCGGCCAGAGCUGCAGACUUUGCCAUCCAAGAGUUCAAGCAUCUCAAACGAUUAAUGUUUUAUUAUGGAGUUGAGUGUUCGAGAAGAAAUGCACUUACGAUUCUAUAUAUAUUUUUUAAGAACUAGGUGUUCAUCACUCCUUACUUUUGGUUUGGAUUCCUCAAUGGCUUUAGUGGGCAAUACUUAUACGAUCAAUGGCUCUCUUAAUUAUUUAACACAGUCUUUGCUUCUCUACCUUAGGUGCUCUAUGCUCUCUUUGAUGAAAUGCACCCUUCUUCUGAAUACUUAUAAUGGAGCAAGACAUCACAUAAUUUACUUGAAGAUAAACCUGAUGUCUAUGUUUAGUUUAGAUAAUAACCAAUUUUUACUAUUAUUAAAUUCUGGCUUUGGGUUUUCAAUGGAAUGGUUCAAGGCUUGAUCAUAUUUCUAGUCUGCACAUUUUCAACAGAGAACUAAAAUAUGGACAGUGGUAUGACAAUGGAAUUUUUUGAAGAUGGAGUAUUUAUAUAUGGAAUCAUCAUUCUUCUAGUUAAUCUUAAGGUACUCACUUUUACAUAUACAAAUUACAACUUCACCAUAUUUUUCAUUGUACUAUCAAUUCUUGUUUAUUGGCUAAUCUUGAUUCUAGUGAAUGAUUAUGAGUUGUCUCCCUCAUUUAACUUUUACAGAUAUCUUGUCUCACCAUAACUCUAUUUAGCUCUAGCUCUAACUUGUAUGCUAUUUUUAUUCGAUUUGGCGAUUGAGAGAUUUUAUGAUUUUUAGAUCUAUGUUCGAAAACCAGAAUCAAUAGAAUUAGUUUGA